GAACGUGAUGACGCAGUUUUGGAGCUGCAGGCAUGAAACGUCUUUUGAGCUUCUGCACGUCUAGGAACAUCAGCAAAAUUGUGAAGUUUAUUGAACACAGGGUUGCCUUGCCAGUCCGCAAUCCUCCGUUAUUUACCUCGUUUUUCUGCAGGGAAUUUACGGACAGCGGCACCAACAUGGACCUGAGUAACAUGAGAAAGACCUAUAAGAGCGAUCAGGAGUGUUUUGAGGAAGAUCAGCUUGCUUCUUUAGAUCCAAUUAAACAAUUCGGCAACUGGUUUGAUCAAGCCACUAAAUGCCCUGAGGUGGGGGAAGCCAAUGCAAUGUGUCUUGCCACAGCCACCAAGGACGGUCACCCCUCUGCACGCAUGGUCCUUCUGAAAGGUUACAGCGAGGAGGGAUUUCGCUUCUUUACCAACUAUGAGAGUAGGAAAGGUUCAGAGCUGGAUAGCAAUCCCCACGCCUGUCUUGUCUUUUACUGGGAACCAUUAAACAGGCAGAUUCGUAUUGAAGGCACUGUAGAGAGAAUCCCCUAUGAGAGUUCACGUGAAUACUUCCACUCAAGACCCAAGAGCAGUCAGAUCGGUGCUGUUGUUAGCAGGCAGAGCACCGUAAUACCGAGCCGACAAUACCUGAGAGAAAAGAAUGCAGAGCUUGAAGAAAAGUAUAAGGACACGGAUGUACCGAUGCCAGAUUACUGGGGUGGAUACAUUGUGAAACCCUUCCUGAUUGAGUUCUGGCAGGGUCAGACCAAUAGAUUACAUGACCGAAUAGUAUUUUUGCGGCCAAAAGAGGGAGAGACUGAGCUGGGGGAUAUGCAGCAUCAAGCAGAGGGGGGCUGGAUAUACCAACGCUUGUCCCCCUGAAAGUGCGCAUGCUGUGAAAUCAGCAUCAUCAUCUGUGACAUCAAUACAUCAUCAUUACUUGAAAGCAGCUGUCAUUUAUAAUGCCAUUAGGGCAUUAACUGACAAGUGAAGACCUACUACUCCAUAUUCGUCCUACAUUUGUAUUGUCUUAACCAAAACCAGGAAGGAGACUUUAUUUGUUGAUCACUGUAGACAUGAUUUUAUGAAUAUAAAUCAUGUGUAGCAUUACAAAUGGUGCUUUGCUGCAGCGUUUGUCUUUAAGCCUUCAAAACUGAUGGUCCCACUUAAUAUUAAGUGUCUUUACUAUGUACUAACAUUUAAAUUAAUCAUUUGAUACAGUGCACUUACUUGUUUUUACAUUGUACUUAUAUUCAAAAAUACUUGCAUGUAGCUACAGCUGUAGUUCAUUUCUGUAAUUACAUCUUUAAUUACAAUGUUGACCCUUUUCUUAGCCCUUAACCCACUUUUAAAACCUAACCAUACCAUGAAACCUGUCUCUAACCUUACCCAUAUCCCACCUCUAUAGCAGCAAAGGUGUUUUGCAAUACAUGCAAUAAACACACAAUAAAUACAAUAUAUCUAAAAAAAUUUUAAUGUAAGUACAUAGUAGUUAAAGACUCGCAAUAUAAAGUGUGACCAAACUGACCUCAACAUAUUCUUAAUCUAUUACUUGUAAGUGCAAAGUCUGUUGACUAUCUAAUGUUUGUCAAUAAUUGAAAAGCACAGCUGUACUUGCAGCCUUGACUGUUGUUUUAGAGAGCAUAGACUUUGGACUUGUCACAACAAAAAACAUCCAACAUGUUGUUGCUCUGUUUGUACAUCAUUCAUGAGUCAUAAAACAAAUAUUCUUCAAGACAAGUGUGAAAUAUUUCGAUUAAAUUGCUUGUUAUAAAUGUGCCAAACUUAAUGUUGACCUAAAAUAAUUGUCAAUUUGGAUGUAGUUCUGUGAUGACUGGUGACCUUUUUUGUAAACGUAAAACAAAGUAGUAAACCUGUUUAAUUUUUGCA